CCUCAUCGAAGAAGAAGAAGAACUCCUUCGUCGUCCGUCAGCAGUUAGAAGAUGUUUUAGUUAUAAAUAACCACGGGAGACAAAGGGGGCACACCUUUAACAGGUUGCAGUUACACCCUUUAGAUUAAUGUGAUCUGAAAGACAUGAUGUUAUCCAUUAACUUCAGCUAUGGAUGUGAGCGGUGAGUAUAAAUCCACUUGAACACAGCAAACGAAAAGUUGCAGUUAUUUUAUCAACACAAAGAGAAAGUAAAAUCUGUUUUGGUGUGCCUUCCGUAGAAACCAAAAUAAAAAGUAUUUGUCUGGCCGCAGAGUCCAAGAAAAAAUGAUUAUACUACAGACAUUUCAAACUAUAGAAAGGGAAGUGGUCUCAAUAUCUGUAGUAUAGAGAAUAUUCCAUAUAAAGUAUGCAUUAACAUCAGCUAUUGCAUAUGUGCACAUAAUUGUGUAGCCUGACUGAUUGUUUCCCUAGUAGACAACCAGUGAAGAGUCAGACGACUUAAUGCUGAAGUGUGACCUUUCCUGAUGAACAAAAUGGAGUCGUAUGAACACAGUAAGUUAGACCUGGAAUGGUCAUAUAUACUGAACUAUACUAAUGUACUACAGUAAUGUAAUUACAGUCAAACCUAUUGCGGUCUAACCUGAUUUUUUAAAAAUAUUUAUUAUUUAAAAAACUAAUUGACUCGGUACAGGAGUUGCAGCGAUAUCACGAAAUUGUGGUAAAAAAAUGUAAACAAGCAGAAGUUUGCAGACAUCUUUGGGCUGCAUGUGUCAAGGUGUAGAAUUACUGUCUUACCUCAAUUAGCCACGAAAUCCCUAGGUUGAAAGCGACUCUUAUUCUGGCAAACUGCAGCCCCCUAGCAAUUCGAAUUCCAAUCAGCCCCUCGCCAUUUGAGUGACAUCUAGCAAGAUGCACACACAGCAGAGCAAAAGCGAAAUCAACGAUGUGGUGCACAUAUCUGCACAUAUGUGACUUUGUACGGAAUUUUAGGGGACCACUUUUGGCUCGUGAGGCUACUUUCCACGGGGAGCCAGUAUGAAAAAUGUAUGCACUCACUAACAGUAAGUCGCUCUGGAUAAGAGUGUCUGCUAAAUGACUAAAAUGUAACAAAUAUGUCAGAACUACUGGCUAAAAAGUAUACCAAAGUAUUGGAGAAUCUCUAAGAAAUGAAAUAAUGUAAUCAAAUAAAAAAAGUAAUAUAGACAACUGAAAUAAUUUAUUCAAGUAAAGUAAUGUGAAUAAAUGAUGGUUAAUAAGUGAUAAGCAGUAAUGGACAGUCACUACCAUCAUGGGACUUUUAUUAAUUGCUUUAUUCUGUGUAGGCCUCCUGUAGCUCAGUUGGUAGAGCAUGGCACUUGCAAUGCCAGGGUUGUGGGUUCGAUUCCCACGGGGGGCCAGUAUGAAAAAUUGAUGCACUCACUAAUUGUAAGUCACUCUAGAUAAGAGCGUCUGCUAAAUGACUAAAAUGAAAAUGUGUUGUUAGAGACAAUGGAAUGGUUUCAAUGUUUUGGCAAUUAAAUGUUCUCAAUAUUUGGCUUUGAAAUUUCAACUAAAAUAAUUUCAAGGUCGUAUUUCAUAUUGCAUUUCAUGUAUAAAAGAUUUGAAACCAAAAUCAAAAAAACUUUAUAAUUUUUUGUAUUUUACGAACUGAAUCCGAACCGACCUCAAAAAGCACAAAUCGCUCAGCUGUUUACUGUAUGUUUAUACUAUGUAAUGACAUUUAAAUCCGUGUGGUUUAUGUUUUUCAAGAAGUCUCCUAUCUGUGACAUUUAAAAUACAAGCAGUAGUUACAGUACCUACAGUUGAAGUCUGAAGUUGACAUACACUUUAGUCAAAUACAUUUAAACUCAGUUUUUCACAAUUCCUGACAUUUAAUCCUAGUAAAAAUCCCCUGUCUUAGGUCAGUUAGGCUCACCACUUAAUUUUAAGAAUGUGAAAUGUCAGAAUAAUAGUAUAGAGAAUUAUUUCAGCUUUUUAUUGAUUUCAUCACAUUCCCAGUGGCUCAGAAGUUUACAUGCACUCAAUUAUUAUUUGGUAGCAUUGCCUUUAAAUCAGGGGUGUCAAACUCAUUUUAGCUCAGGGGCCACAUGGAGGAAAAUCUAUUCCCAAGUGGGCCGGACCGGAAAAAUCAUGGUAUAUAUAACUUAAAAACAACAACUUCAGAUUGUUUUCUUUGUUUUAAUACGAUCAACAUACAACAUAAAGCUGGAGCCUGAGGACAGUGUGUCCAAAAUAGUACAAGCACAACAUCACUAUUAAUCAUAAAACACGUCAAGUUUAUUUGAAAAUUCUAAAGAAAAAGAACACACAAACACACAAUGCCUCAGUGAUUAACAGAACUGUUUCACAGAUCACAGAACUAUAUCAGGGUGUCAUUUCUCAGGCAGAAAUGUAGAUAAAAAUAAUGAAAUCCUGUUCCCCAAACAAGUGCAAGAACCACAGAGUCAAGAAUAGGUUAAAUAUACAAAUAAAAUAAAAUCAAUUAAAAACAAUAGCACAUCAACAUAAAAACAUAUAAACAUAAAUCUGAAAGCGUUGCUCAAACUCCCGUAACAGUCCAGUUAUUUUAUCUUUGAACCGCUUCAUGUCUGCCACAUGUUGGGUCGCGCACACAUUUUUCAGACAGGGGAAGUGAGCUGCAUCACCACCGGCAAGUUGCGUCUCCCACAAUGACAGCUUCAACUUGAAAGAACGUAUGCUGUCAUAAUACUGCGUGACAACUUUGUUGCGCCCUUGCAGCUGUUUGUUCAAGUUAUUCAGGUGCUCUGUAACAUCCACCAUAAAUGCAAGGUCCGGCAUCCAUUCUGCGGAAUGAAAUUCUAACACUGGUUUGCCCUUUUCUUCCAUGAACUGUUCAAUUUCUUUUCGUAAAUCAAAGAAACGCCUCAGCACAGCACCUCGGCUUAACCAUUUUACCUCAGUGUGGUAUGGCAGGCCAUAGAUGUGGUCUUUCUCUCUGAGAAGGCUGUCAAACUGACGGUGAUUCAGGCUUCUGGAUCGGAUGAAAUUAACAGUUUGGAUGACCACCUUCAUGACGUUAUCCAUCUUUAAUGACUUGCAACACAAAGCCUCCUGGUGCAAAAUACAGUGAAAAGUCAAAAAAUCACGUCCUCCAUUUGCAGAUUGCACUUUCUCUCUGAACUUUGUCACAACGCCUGCUUUUAUCCCGAUCAUUGAGGGCGCACCAUCUGUAGCCAGGCUGACAGCGCGGGACCAGUCCACUACGACCCUGUCCAGCGCGCCGACGAGUGCGGUAAAAAUAUCAGCUGCUGUCGUUGUAUCUGUCAUCGGCACCAACUCCAUGAACUCCUCGGUGACGGUCAAUGUGUCAUCAACUCCGCGGAUGAAAAAAUGGCCAGUUGUGCAACAUCUGUAAUGUCCGUGCUUUCAUCAAUUGCAACCGAAAACGCAAUAAAUGACUUUACUUUUUGCUUCAACUGGCUGUCCAAAUCCACUGAAAGAUCGGAAAUCCUGUCUGCAACUGUGUUUCUUGUCAGGCUGAUAUUUGCAAAAGCCUGCCGCUUUUCAGGGCACACAAUCUCCGCUGCCUUCAUCAUGCAUGUUUUUACAAAUUCACCCUCACUAAAUGGUUUUGAAGCCACUGCGAUUUCAUUAGCAAUGAGGUAGCUAGCUUUCACUGCAGCGUCACUGAUGUCUCGGCUGUGAGUAAACACAGACUGCUGUUUCUUCAGACCCGCCAACAGUUCAUUCACCUUCUCUCAUCUCCGCUGUAUUUGAAAGUUCUCAUAUUUGUCGGCAUGAAGACUCACAUAGUGGCGACGAAGGUUAUAUUCUUUCAGCACUGCAACAUGCUCUGAACACACCAAACAUACAGCUUUCCCAUUCAAUUCCGUGAUUAAAUAGGAUGACCAUUUUUCUUGGAACACUCUGCACUCUGCGUCCACUUUUCUCUUUUUUGACAGAGACAUAUUGGGGCAAUGAGGGUGCCAAAGCACAUAAUGUUAAAAGUAGAAGCCGUAAUAAAUAUCGCGGGCAAAACAAAGUAGCUCAUUGGCUGCAUGUGCUUGACCUACUUGCUCUGCCCCGGUAUAAACAGUUUGCUUGCUUAACAAAAUUGCUAUUGCGCCAUCCAGUGGACGCAAUUGGAACAGCAGUUUAUUUUAUUGAAAAAUUGCAGCGCAUUUUUAUACUAAAAAAUUUUUUUAAAAAAUUAUAAUUUUUUUUUUUUUUAACCAUCUCGCGGGCCGGAUUAAACCCGUUUGCGGGCCUGAUGCGGGCCGUACGUUUGACACCCCUGCUUUAAAUUGUUUAACUUGGGUCAAACGUUUCGGGUAGCCUUCCACAAGCUUCCCACAAUAAGUUGGGUGAAUUUUGGCCCAUUCCUCCUGACAGAGCUGGUGUAACAGCAUGAUGCUGCCACCCCCGUGCUUCACGGUUGGGAUGGUGUUCUUCGGCUUGCAAGCAACCCCCUUUUUCCUCCAAACAUAAUGAUGGUCAUUAUGGCCAAACAGUUAUAUUUUUGUUUCAUCAGACCAGAGGACAUUUCUCCAAAAAGUACGAUCUUUGUCCCCAUGUGCAGUUGCAAACCGUAGUCUGGCUUUUUUACAGCGGUUUUGGAGCAGUGGCUUCUUCCUUGCUGAGCGGACUUUCAGGUUAUGUCGAUAUAGGACUCGUUUUACUGUGGAUAUAGAUACUUUUGUACCCGUUUCCUCCAGCAUCUUUACAAGGUCCUUUGCUGCUGUUCUGGGAUUGAUUUGCACUUUUUGCACCAAAGUACGUUCAUCUCCAGGAGACAGAAUGCGUCUCCUUCCUGAGCGGUAUGACGGCUGCGUGGUCCCAUGGUGUUUAUACUUGCGUACUAUUGUUUGUAUAGAUGAACGUGGUACCUUCAGGCGUUUGGAAAUUGCUCCCAAGGAUUAACCAGACUUGUGGAGGUCAACAAUUUUUUUUCUGAGGUCUUGGCUGAUUUCUUUUGAUUUUCCCAUGAUGUCAAGCAAAGAGGCACUGAGUUUGAAGGUAGGCCUUGAAAUAUAUCCACUGGUACACCUCCAAUUGACUCAAAUGAUGUCAAUUAGCCUAUCAGAAGCUUCUAAAGCCAUGGCAUCAUUUUCUGGAAUUUUCCAAGCUGUUUAAAGGCACAGUCAACUUAGUGUAUGUAAUCUUCUGACCCACUGGAAUUGUGAUACAGUGAAUUAUAAAUAAAAUAAUCUGUCUGUAAACAAUUGUUGGAAAAAUGACUUGUGUCAUGCACAAAGUAGAUGUCCUAACCGACUUGCCAAAACUAUAGUUUGUUAACAAGACAUUUGUGGAGUGGUUGAAAAAAAGAGUUUUAAUGACUCCAACCUAAGUGUAUGUAAACUUCCGACUUCAACUGUAUAUUACAUUUACAUUUUAAAUUUUUAGUCAUUUAGCAGACGCUCUUAUCCAGAGCGACUUACAGGAGCAAUUAGGGUUAAGUGCCUUGCUCAAGGGCACAUUUACGUCAUUUAGCAGACGCUCUUAUCCAGAGCGACUCACAAAUUGGUGCAUUCACCCUAUAGCCAGUGGGAUAACCACUUUACAAUUUUUUUUGGGGGGGGGGGGGUAGAAGGAUUACUUUAUCCUAUCCCAGGUAUUCCUUAAAGAGGUGGGGUUUCAAAUGUCUCCGGAAGGUGGUGAGUGACUCCGCUGUCCUGGCGUCGUGAGGGAGCUUGUUCCACCAUUGGGGUGCCAGAGCAGCGAACAGUUUUGACUGGGCUGAGCGGGAACUAUGCUUCCGCAGAGGAAGGGGAGCCAGCAGGCCAGAGGUGGAUGAACGCAAUGCCCUCGUUUGGGUGUAGGGACUGAUCAGAGCCCGAAGGUACAGAGGUGCCGUUCCCCUCACUGCUCCAUAGGCAAGCACCAUGGUCUUGUAACGGAUGCGAGCUUCAACUGGAAGCCAGUGGAGUGUGCGGAGGAGGGGGGUGACGUGAGAGAACUUGGGAAGGUUGAACACCAGACGGGCUGCGGCAUUCUGGAUGAGUUGUAGGGGUUUAAUGGCACAGGCAGGGAGGCCAGCCAACAGCGAGUUGCAGUAAUCUAGACGGGAGAUGACAAGUGCCUGGAUUAGGACCUGUGCCGCUUCCUGUGUAAGGCAGGGUCGUACUCUCCGAAUGUUGUAGAGCAUGAACCUGCAGGAGCGGGUCACCGCCUUGAUGUUAGCGGAGAACGACAGGGUGUUGUCCAGGGUCACGCCAAGGCUCUUCGCACUCUGGGAGGAGGACACAACGGAGUUGUCAACCGUGAUGGCGAGAUCAUGGAACGGGCAGUCCUUCCCCGGGAGGAAGAGCAGCUCCGUCUUGCCAGGGUUCAGCUUGAGGUGGUGAUCCAUCAUCCAUACUGAUAUGUCUGCCAGACAUGCAGAGAUGCGAUUCGCCACCUGGUUAUCAGAAGGGGGAAAGGAGAAGAUUAGUUGUGUAUCGUCAGCGUAGCAAUGAUAGGAGAGGCCAUGUGAGGAUAUGACAGAGCCAAGUGACUUGGUGUAUAGGGAGAAAAGGAGAGGGCCUAGAACUGAGCCCUGGGGGACACCAGUGGUGAGAGCACGUGGUGCGGAGACAGCUUCUCGCCACGCCACUUGGUAGGAGCGACCGGUCCGGUAGGACACAAUCCAGGAGUGAGCCGCGCCGGAGAUGCCCAGCUCGGAGAGGGUGGAGAGGAGGAUCUGAUGGUUCACAGUAUCAAAGGCAGCAGACAGGUCUAGAAGGACAAGAGCAGAGGAGAGAGAGUUAGCUUUAGCAGUGCGGAGAGCCUCCUUGACACAGAGAAGAGCAGUCUCAGUUGAAUGACCAGUCCUGAAACCUGACUGGUUUGGAUCAAGAAGGUCAUUCUGAGAGAGAUAGCAAGAGAGUUGGCUAAAGACGGCACGCUCAAUAGUUUUGGAAAGAAAAGAAAGAAGGGAUACUGGUCUGUAGUUGUUGACAUCAGUGGGAUCGAGUGUUGGUUUUUUGAGAAGGGGUGCAACUCUCGCUCUCUUGAAGACGGAAGGGACAUAGCCAGCGGUCAAGGAUGAGUUGAUCAGCGAGGUGAGGUAGGGGAGAAGGUCACCGGAGAUGGUCUGGAGAAGAGAGGAGGGGAUGGGGUCAAGCGGGCAGGUUGUUGGGCGGCCUGCAGUCACUAGUCGCAAGAUUUUAUCUGGAGAGAGAGGGGAGAAAGAAGUCAAAGCAUAGGGUAGGGCAGUGUGAGCAGGACCAGCAGUGUCAUUAGACUUAACAAACGAGGAUCGGAUGUCGUCAACCUUCUUUUCAAAGUGGUUGACGAAGUCAUCCACAGAGAGGGAGGGGGGGUUGGGGGUGGGGGGGAGGAUUCAGCAGUGAGGAGAAUGUGGCAAAGAGCUUCUAGAAAGUGGCCUUAGCAGCAGAAACAGAUGAAUAAAAUGUAGAGAGGAGGGAGUGAAAAGAUGCCAGGUCGGCAGGGAGUUUAGUUUUCUUCCAUUUCCGCUCAGCUGCCCGGAGCUCUGUUCUGUGAGCUCGCAAUGAGUCGUCAAGCCACGGAGCUAGAGGGGAGGACCGAGCCGGCCGGGAGGAUAGGGGACACAGGGAGUCAAAUGAUGCAGAAAGGGAGGAGAGGAGGGUUGAGGAGGCAGAAUCAGGAGAUUGGAGGGAGAAGGAUUGAGCAGAGGGAAGAGAUGAUAGGAUGGAAGAGGAGAGAGUAGUGGGAGAGAGAGAGCGAAGGUUGCGGCGGCGCGUUACCAUCUGUGUAGGGGCAGAGUGAGUAGUGUUGGAGGAGAGCGAGAGAGAAAAGGAUCCAAAGUAGUGGUCGGAGACAUGGAGGGGAGUUGCAGUGAGAUUAGUAGAAGAGCAACAUCUAGUAAAGAUGAAGUCAAGCGUAUUGCCUGCCUUGUGAGUAGGGGGGGACGGUGAGAGGGUGAGGUCAAAAGAGGAGAGGAGUGGAAAGAAGGAGGCAGAGAGAAAUGAGUCAAAUGUAGACGUAGGGAGGUUGAAAUCCCCCAAAACUGUGAAGGGUGAGCCAUCCUCAGGAAAGGAACUUAUCAAGGUGUCAAGCUCAUUGAUGAACUCUCCAAGGGAACCUGGAGGGCGAUAGAUGACAAGGAUAUUAAGCUUAAAUGGGCUAGUGACUGUGACAGCGUGGAAUUCAAAUGAGGAGAUAGACAGAUGGGUUAGGGGAAAAAUUGAGAAUGACCACUUGGGAGAGAUGAGGAUUCCUGUGCCACCACCCCUCUGACCAGAUGCUCUCGGGGUAUGCGAGAACACAUGGUCAGACGAGGAGAGAGCAGUAGGAGUAGCAGUGUUUUCAGUGGUAAUCCAUGUUUCCGUCAGCGCCAGGAAGUCGAGGGACUGGAGGGUAGCAUAGGCUGGGAUGAAGUCAGCCUUGUUGGCAGCAGAACGGCAGUUCCAGAGGCUGCCUGAGACCUGUGUAUGUAAACUUCCGACUUCAACUGUAUAUUACAGAUAAAAGGGGAAACCAAGAUGUGUCACAUGGGGUAAAAAAACUGAAGCAUCUAGCAGUAAUGAGGAUGAGAGCAAAUCCAACGGCAGCUAGAGAGAGGAGAAGGAGCAUGACGACAUUGCUUGUUUUCUUAUAGACAUCAACGUCCGAUCUAGAAACUAGAAUGUGUCACGAACAGAGUGCACAUUUUGUAGACUUGACUCAUUGUCAAACUUGUUUUAAUUUUUUAUUACGUUGUUUAGAAGAUCUUGCACACGGGUACUUGAGAGAGUAGCCGUUCCCUAACGGAAAUGCACCAAUGUAGCUGUUGGCAAGAUGGCAAGAUGGUCAACCAAGAUGGCAUUUUCCAUUAAUCUGAAUAAUAUCAAACUUGAUAUUAAACAUGAUUAAUAUCAUAAUUAAGUUUAUAUAGAAUGUAUAUUUAUUGAGUGGCAGGUAGUUGGUUUACAGGAUGACAGUCUCUCCCCAAUGUGCCCUCCAUCGUGGUUGAGAUGCUUGUGAUUCAUUAUAUAUCAAAGUUUAAGUAAUGCAAACCAACAUUAAUUUAUGGCCUACUGAGACUAAAUACACAUUUGCAGAAAUAAAAAAAAUGCAGAUAAUUUUUUUUUGUUGGUGUGCCAGUUAAAGGAUGAAUAAUCUAUAUAUUCUUGAUAAUAAUCAAGUUUAACCUGUGCCCUCCAUAGGUGCUGAGUUUGUGGAUGAACACAGGCACCAGCUCAUUCAGAGGGUCACCAUGGUGAUGCCUAUAGCUGAUGAGCUGCUCUCUAAAGGCAUGAUCCAUAACGAGCUGUACUCUAACAUCAGAGCUGCCAGAACUGAUGAGGACAAAAUGAGGCAGCUCUUUAAAGCCCUCCACUCUGGAGGAAACAAAGUGAAAUCUGCCUUUCUCUCCAUGCUGAGGGAGAAUGAUCCUCAUCUGGUCCAGGACUUGGGUGAGUGAAGAUGUACACAGACAUGUAAUCCUGAGAGUCAAGUUGUGAAACAGAGCCCUGCCCAAACUGACUAUUGCGCAUUUGAAAAGAUAUUGGGUGAGUGAAGAUGUUUGGGAAGUUAGAUAUAUGGGCUGUGAUUAGGUCAGGCAUUCUUGAAAGCCAAUGAAAAAAAAAAAGUCUUAAUAUUAACCAAAUUUGAAAUAUCUAUAUUUUACAGACCAAAUAAUCAACUAUUAGCUAUCACACAAUUAAAAAGAGUGACACCGACUGGUUGUGUACUCCGAAAGAGGUGUCGGUUUAGAUAUAGGUACAACUGUCCCAGGUUACCAGUUAGAGGACUGAAAUGACCAGUAGGAAACAGGGAUACAAUCCACACUUUAUUACAAUACAACUAACACACACACACACACACACACACACACACACACACACACACACACACACACAGCAAACAAGAGGAAGGGACUAGUGGAAGUGAUAAUGGUUUCUGUAAAACAUAAGAAACAGGGAAUUACACCAGAGUACUAGCAAUGUUAGGCUGUACAAAGAGAAUGGCAAUUAUGUAACAUAUGCAUAGCAGCCAUGGGAAAGAAAUGGGCUAGCACCAUAGAGAUAGAUAGAGGACUCAUCUUUGUAUCUGGGACAUUAUAGCAUCUGUGACAGCAUGGGCAGCGCCAUUCUCCAUUUUAAAGUAGUAUAUAUUUUUUCUCACGAUUGGCUGACUCCUCCUGAUGACCCGGUUGGGCAUGACUCCAACAGGUUCACCAGGCGGGAUCAACCAAUGAAGUUGUAAGUCCCACCCAGUUGACUACAUUAAAAUGUUGGAAACCCUCAAUGGCGCUGCCCAUGCUAACACGGCCUUUUGGCCACUAGAGGCCUCUAUCAUUCUCUAUGGCUAGCACACACUAGGAAGCUAGUGUGCUAACAGCAUUAGCUGGUAAUAGGCAUACAGAACAGAAAGGCUAGUAGGCUAACACGCAACAUAGCAGUAAUGAUUUAUAGCAUAUUGUAUAAAGGGGCUAGGAUAGCAUAUGAGGCAUAAACAUGAUACACUUAGCGGCUAGCAUGCUAGGCUAGCGGGCCACGGGGUGUGGGUUGGCAUACAGUAUAAACAGGCAAUAGCUGAAGGCUAGCACGCUAGGCUAGGCUACAGGCUAGUAGCCCUCAGGCUAUAGGCCGGCAUAGGGAGCUGUAUAACCUCAUGCACAGUACAGUUAGCGGCUAGUGGGGGGGCUAAUGGUUAGCGGUAGCAUGCGAGGAUGUAAACAAUGACGUCAAUGGUCGACCAUAUUGGUUGUGUAAUAAAAAACUACUGGCUUGUAGCCAUCUUGGGGCAGAGAGUGUGCCACAUGUAGCCACACUUAAACUAUUCCAAAAGGGCCAGAUAACCAGGGUAUGCUACACGAUCUUACAACAUGUAAACACCUGAGUAAGCAUAUAUAAGCACAGUUACAUAAAGAGGUACUGUUAAAUAUGCUAUUCAAGGCUGUUAUUACAUAGUAACAAUGAAUACACAGAUUAACCCUAACAAAGUCCACUUACAUAGUUAGUCAGAUUCUCUACACACCACAUAAAGGAGCAACCUCCUCAUUAAAAUAUUUUAAUUAAAAAACAGUUGAUCUUUUAGGAGUCAGUGUUUUUUAAGAAAGAAAUUCUUAAAGAAACUUCUUAAUAUCCUUUUACAGUGAAUAUACAUUUUUGAAAGUUUCAGAAUGUUUAACCUUUGAUCAGUUUCUCAGGACAGGGGCAUUUCCUGGCAGAAAGCAGACAUGGAAAUGUACAAUAUUAAAAAUAUUUGGAAAAUGACAAAAACAAAUCAUGGCUCUUACAAAAUUCCCCUAUAUGUAAUUGUAUUAAUCAAUUACAGAUUUUUUUUCUUUCAACUAUAAAAUAAUGUUUCUUUGCAUUACAGGGAUUUUUCCCUACUGUCAAGAAUGCCUGACGUACUGACGUUUCUUUCUGACACACUGACAUGUAAUCUUGUGCCCGACCUAACUGUUGCGUGAUAAAAUGUUCAAUACAUUAUGAAGAUGUAUAGAUUAGCGAUAUCUUGUGAAAAGGCUUUUGUGAUGUGAUAUGAUGUAUUUGUCAAUCAUCUAUCUAGAACGCCACGUCAAACAAAGAGGUGGACAAGGUAGGCCAUGUUUUUGUUCACCUUUUUUUAUUAAUACAUUUUGUUAUGUUAUAUGAUUUAAAUAAUGUUUUCAACAGAAACACUUUUGUAAAAUCAUGUAUUGACUUUUAUUGUAUCAAUGUGUAGAGGACAGAAGCACAAUAACCAAGAAAUACAAGAACGUCAUCGAAGGUGAAUAUGCCACAGUGCAGGAGUACAACUCUCUCCCUGGAGAACACGUGAAGUUGGAUGACCGCUACACUGAGCCCCUGAUCAUCCAGAAACACCGUCAGCAGAGAGAGAGAGAGGAGGAGAUCCGCUCCAGAGGACAGAACUUUUAUCAAGUCAUGGGCCAGAGGGACAGCAAGGCCUACAAGAGCACCAAAGUGGAGAGGCUGUUUGACCCAGACGAGCAUGGAGACAUUCAGAGAACUGUUAUACUGCAGGGCCACUCUGGGACAGGUAAGUCCUUUACCACACAGAAGAUCAUGUCUGACUGGGCGCGUGAGAGACUUUAUCAAGACCGAUUUGACUUUGUUUUUCACCUGAGGUGCAAAGAGCUAAACCAGGCCACUGGAAAUAAAAGUGUGAUGGAUCUGCUGAACUAUGAUCAGAGUUUAUCAUCAAUGAUCAAGCAGGUCCUUCGCCAGUCUCCUGAGAGGGUUCUCUUCCUGGUAGACGGCUUUGAUGAGCUCAAAUUCCCGCUUGAUGUACCGAAAGACUCCCUUCCCAGGGACCCGUGGACACAGUGCUCCCCCGAAGAGACACUGAGUGGCCUGAUACGAAAGCAGAUCUUACCCGAGUCCUUCCUGCUUGUCACCACCAGGUCCACAGCGCUGGACAAACUGAAUGGAGUGGUCAAAAAUCCAGUGAGAUAUGCUGAGAUAGUGGGCUUUUCUAAAGAAGGGGUGGAGGAAUACUUCCAGAGAUUCUUCAAGAAUGAGCAACACUCACAGCAAGCCUAUGACACUGUGAGAAAAAAUGAAACACUUUUCACCGCAUGUUUCAUUCCAGUCAUCUGCUGGAUCAUUUGCACAGUUUAUAGGGAGCAGUUUGAAGAAGGCACAGAGAUGAUCCAAUCGCUGGAGACCACCACCUCCAUCUUUGUUGAAUUUGUUGCCACUCUGUUGAAGCAUCACAGUCAGGAUAUGGGUCAGUCAGCUCUUACUAUCCUCCAAGGACUUGGCAAGCUGGCAGAAAAGGGAAUGGAAGAGCAGCAAGUCUUAUUUGACCACGAUAGUGUCUCACAGACAGUGUCAGAUCCUUCCAAAGUCCCCUUCUUGUGUAAGUUUCUCCAAAAGAAGAGAGUGAGUCAGAACACUAUGUACAGCUUCAUGCACCUCAGCUUCCAGGAGUUUUUCACAGCCCUCUCGUACAUGUUACUGGGUGAUGAGGAAGCUCAGGGGAAAGUUAGAGAGCUACUUUGUAAGGUUCGACGUGGAAAAGAAAACAGUCACCUGCUACCCAUAGUUCAAUUUCUCUUUGGCAUCGCAAACAAAGAAGUGGGAAAACGACUCGAGGAUAAAAAAUACAUAUCGUGCUCUCAAGGAAUCAGGACCCAGCUCAAACAUUUUAUUCUGGAAGUCAUUGAAGAAGAAAAGGAGGAUCGAAACGCUAUUGAUUAUCACAUUUCAUCAAUGUGGCUUUUUGCGUUUCAUUGUCUAUAUGAGCUACAUGUAGAUGAUUUUGUUGGGAAAGCCAUGAAUACAUACACAGAAUUUAAUCUGACCCACAUUCCCCUGACAAACACAGACUGUUGGGUGCUGAACUACUGUUUUCAGCACUGCAAGUGCAUCCAAAGACUAAUUCUCAACUGGUGCAACUUAACUGCAGAGAAGUUGAAAAUCCUUCUGCCAGUAUUGGAAAAAUGUAAAUAUCUCGAGUGAGUAUAUUUUGCAUUUCCCUUUCUCACCCUAGAACAAGGCGGAUUUUUAUACAUAACAUAAUAUAUUCACCACUAUUCAAAAGUUUGGGAUCACUUAGAAAUGUCCUUGUUUUCGAAAGAAAAGCAAUUUUUUGUCCGUUAAAAUAACAUCAAAUUGAUCGGAAAUACAGUGUAGACAUUGUUAAUGUUGUAAAUGGCUAUUGAAGCUGGAAACGGCUGAUUUAAAAAAAAAAAAAUGAAUAUCUACAUAGGCAUACAGAGGCCCAUUAUCAGCAACCAUCAGUCCUGUGUUCCAAUGACAUGUUGUGUUUGCUAAUCCAAGUUUAUCAUUUUAAAAGGCUAAUUGAUCAUUAGAAAACCCUUUUGCAAUAUGUUAGCACAGCUGAAAACUGUUUUGCUGAUUAAAGAUCAAUAAAACUGGCCGUCUUGAGACUAGUUGAGUAUCUGGAGCAUCAGCAAUCGUGGGUUCGAUUACAGGCUCAAAAUGGCCAGAAACAAAAGAUUUCCAGCUUCAAUAGCCAUUUACAACAUUAACGAAUGUCUACACUGUAUUUCUGAUCAAUUUGAUGCUAUAUUAAUGGACAAAAAAAAUCAUUUUCUUUCGAAAACAAGGACAUGUGAUCCCAAACUUUUGAACGGAAGUGUAUAUUUUCCCAAAUGUUAUUUGAAUUAAUAAUGGAAACUGAUUGAUGCUCAAUGUAAUGUUUCUCUCAUAAAAGGUUGUUUGGACAUGGAUAUUUGUUUUAAUUAAUACUCUUGAAUUAAUUAUUUUUGUAAUUUUUGUCACUUAAUAGUUUUUUAUAUUUGUUUUUGUAGGUUGCAGGUAGAUGGCCUAGCCGAUGAUGAUUUAGAUGAUCUGCUGACAGCGCUGGGAGAGGGAAAGAGUUUGGAGCUUGAGUAAGAACCACAUGAUCUUUACUGUAAUAUCAUACAUUAUUUGUCAUCCAUCAAAUUCCUGCUGUUAAAUAUAUCUACCUCAGCUACAGUAGAUUCGGAAAGUAUUCAGACCCCUUUACUUUUUCCACAUUUUGUUACGUUAUAGCCUUAUUCUAAAAUGUAUUUUAUAAAUAGUUUUUUCCCCUCAUCAAUCUACACACAAUACCCCAUAAUGACAAAGCAAAAACACUUUUUUAGAGAUUUUUGCAAAUAAACGUAUAACAUAUGCAUAGCAGCCAUGGGAAAGAAAUGGGCUAGCACCAUAGAGAUAGAUAGAGGACUUUCAAAGUAUUCAGACCCUUUACUCAGUACUUUGUUGAAGCACCUUUGGCAGCGAUUACAGCCUCGAGUCUUCUUGGGUAUGACGCUACAAGCUUGGCACACCUGUAUUUGGGGAGUUUCUCCCAUUCUUCUCUGCAGAUCCUCUUAAGCUCUGUCCGGUUGGAUGGGGAGCGUCGCUUCACAGCUAUUUUCAGGUCACUCUAGAGAUGUUUGGUCGGGUUCAAGUCCAGGCUCUGGCUGGGCCACUCAAAGACAUUCAGAGACUUGUCCCGAAGCCACUCCUGCGUUGUCUUGGCUGUGUGCUUAGGGUCAUUGUCCUGUUGGAAGGUGAACCUUCACCCCAGUCUGAUGUCUUGAGCGCUCUGGAGCAGGUUUUCAUUAAGGAUCUCUCUGUAGUUUACGCUGUUCAUAUUUCCCUCUAUCCUGACUAGUCUCCCAAUCCUUGCCGCUGAAAAACAUUCCCACAGCAUGAUGCUGCCACCACCAUGCUUCACCGUAGGGAUGGUGCCAGGGUUCCUCCAGACGUGAAGCUUGGCAUUCAGGCCAAAGAGUUCAAUCUUGGUUUCAUCAGACCAGAUAAUCUGGUUUCUCAUCAUCUGAGAGUCCUUUAGGUUCCUUUUGGCAAACUCCAAGCAGGCCGUCAUGUGCCUUUUACUGAGGAGUGGCUUCCGUCUGGCCACUCUACCAUAAAGGCCUGAUUGGUGGAGUGCUGCAGAGAUCGUUGUCCUUCUGAAAAGUUAUCCCAUCUCCACAGAGAACCUCUGGAGCUCUGUCAGUGACCAUCGGGUUCUUGGUCACCUCCCUUCUCCCCCGAUUGCUCAGUUUGUCCAGGAGGCCAGCUAUAGGAAGAGUCUUAGUGGUUCCAAACUUCAUCCAUUUAAGAAUGAUGGAGGCCACUCUGUUCUUGGGGACCUUCAAUGCUGCAGACAUGUUAUGGUACUCUUCCCCAAAACUGUGCCUCAACACAAUUAUGUCUCAGAGCUCUACAGACAAUUCCUUCGACCUCAUGGCUUGGUUUUUGCUCUGACAUGCACUGUCAACUGUUGGACCUUUAUAUAGACAGGUGUAUGCCUUUCCAAAUCAUGUCCAAUCAAUUGAAUUUACCACAGGUGGACUACUCCAAUGGAAACAGGAUACACCUGAGCUCAAUUUCGAGUCUCAUAGCAAAGGGUCUGAAUACUUGGGGAAAAUAAGGUAUUUCCGUUUUUUUAUUUUUAAUACAUUUGCAAACAUUUCUAAAAACCAGUUUUCGCUUCGACAUUAUGGGGUAUUGUGUGUAGAGUGAUGAGGAGCAAAAAAUAAUUUAAUCAAUUUUAGAAUAAGGCUGUAACGUAACAAAAUGUGGAAAAAGUCGGGGGGGGUCUGAAUACUUUCCGAAUACAUUUACAUGAUAUAACUGGGAAUUACUUUAGCCUACCAUAUAUAUAUAUUUCUGUACCUAACUCCAAUUUGUCUGUAUUUUUCAGUCUGACUGAGAACAACUUCUCUGAUGAGAAAGUGCAGGACUUGCUUGUUGCUCUCACUAAACACAAACCCAGAAACAUUGAAAUUGGAGUGAAGUCCAUCACCAGUAGUACAGCAGACAAAUUAAUGUUCCUCAUCAGUAAGGCACAUGGAGUCUUGGAAAGCAUAGUGUAAGUAACUUUUCAUUUAGCUCCCAAUCAACCUCUAAUAUAUAACACAAUAUUUCAUUGAAUAAUAAAUUAGGAAACUAAGAUGGAACACAUAUGGUACCAAUCAAAAGUUUGGACACACCUACUCAUUCAAGGGUUUUCCUUUAUUUUUACUAUUUUUUACAUUGUAAAAUAAUAUGAAGACAUCAAAACUAUGAAAUAACACAUAUGGAAUCAUGUAGUAAAUAAAAAAAAAAGUGUUAAACAAAUCCAAAUAUAUAUUUGAGAUUUGAGAUUUUUCAAAUAGCCACACUUUGCCUUGAUGACAGCUUUGCACACUCUUGGCAUUCUCUUAACCAGCUUCACCUGGAAUUGUUUUCCAACAGUCUUGAAGGAGUUCCCACAUAUGCUGAGCACUGGUUGGCUGCUUUUCCUUCACUCUGCAGUCCGUCUCAUCCCAAACUAUCUCAAUUGGAUUGAGGUCAGGGGAUUGUGGAGGCCAGGUCAUCUGCAUGCAGCACUCCAUCACUCUCCUUCUUGGUAAAAUAGCCCUUACACAGCCUGGAGGUUUGUUGGGUCAUUGUCCUGUUGAAAAACAAAUGAUAGUCCCACUAAGUGCAAACCAGAUGGGAUGGCGUAUCGCUGCAGAAUGCUGGUAGCCAUGCUGGUUAAGUGUGCCUUGAAUUCUAAAUAAAUCACAGACAUUGUCACCAGCAAAGCACCCCCACACCAUAACACCUCCUCCUCCAUGCUUUACGGUUGGAAAUACACGUGGAGAUCAUCCGUUCACCCACACCGCAUCUCACAAAGACACGGCGGUUGGAGCCAAAAAUCUCCAAUUUGGACUCCAGACCAAAGGACAAAUUUCCACCGUUCUAAUGUCCAUUGCUCGUGUUUCUUGGCCCAAGCAGGUCUCUUCUUAUUAUUGGUGUCCUUUAGUAGUGGUUUCUUUGCAGCAAUUCGACCAUGAAGGCCUGAUUCACACAGUCCCCUCUGAACAGUUGAUGUUGAGAUGUGUCUGUUACUUGAACUCUGUGAAGCAUUUAUUUUGGCUGCAAUUUCUGAGGCUGGUAACUAUAAUGAACUUAUCCUCUGCAGCAGAGGUAACUCUGGGUCUUCCAUUCCUGUGGCGGUCCUAAUGCGUGGCAGUUUCAUCACAGCGCUUGAUGGUUUUUGCGACUGCACUUGAAGAAACUUUCAAAGUUCAUGAAAUGUUCCGUAUUGACUGACCUUCAUGUCUUAAAGUAAUGAUGGACUGUCAUUUCUCUUUGCUUAUUUGAGCUUUUCUUGCCAUAAUAAGGACUUAGUCUUUUACCAAAUAGGGCUAUCUUCUGUAUACCCCCCCUACCUUGUCACAAAACAACUGAUUGGCUCAAACGCUUUAAGGAGGAAAGAAAUUCCACAAAUUAACUUUUAACAAGGCACACCUGUUAAUUGAAAUGCAUUCCAGGUGACUACCUCAUGAAGCUGGUUGAGAGAAUGCCAAGAGUGUGCAAAGCUGUCAUCAAGGCAAAGGGUGGCUAUUUGAAGAAUCUCAAAUAUAAAAUAUAUUUUGAUUUGUUAAACACUUAUUUGGUUACGACAUGAUUCCAUAUGUGUUAUUUCAUUGUUUUGAUGUCUUCACUAUUAUUCUACAAUGUAGAAAAUAGUUAAAAAAAAAAAAAUAAAAAAAAAAACUUGUUUGAGUAGGUGUGUCCAAACUUUUGACUGGUACUGUAAUGUCUGUUACAAAAAGGGUUAAUUAAUUAACAUGUAGGUAAUGUAGAAGUGAACAUAAAUACAUAAUUGAUUAACACAUUAACAAAGGCAUUUUAUAUAGCUUAAGUGAUACAAAAAAGGUUCAGUACAACAAGUUAUACUGGCACUAUAUUGGAAUUGUAAAAUCCCGCUACAGUGUUGGAAUCUUCACUUUCCUGUUCACAACAUCAAAAGAGAAGGUAUCUAAUUCUGCACAAAAUUGUGUUUUCAAACUUUAAAGAGGCAGUCAGCAGUUGCUACAUCCAUUUUUGGACUUAUAAAUUCAUGAUAUGUACCCAUUGAUUAUUGAGGAAUAGAACUUAUCAAUGCAUCAUGUGCUUAAUUCAACUGUUGUAACACAAAAUAUACACUUGUUUUACUACAAUGUUUGUAAACAAAGAAAAUGUAAGCAAACACUAGAUAGCCUCAAAACAUGGUUAAAAACUAUAAUUUUCAUAUCAUGGACAGUCAGUCCUUGCAUCCACAGCUCUGUCUAAUGAAUGUGAGUGGUUCCAGCUCCAUCCCUCAGCUUUUUACCGAACCAGGGGUGGGGACUCCGCUUUGUUAUUUGUUAUUAACCGCUGAUUACCACUUUAACGGUAGGGCUCCCACACCCUGGCAAGGUGUUGCACAACACUUGAUUAAGUGGUGUUACAACACACCAUGUCAUGUUUCAAAACAUGUCAGGAUGAGGUGUUUCAAUACUCCUGCAAAGUUAAGGUUUCGUCUCCUUUGCGUUGGUGUUACUUACAAAGCACUUAAUUUCAACAGUGUAUCACAUCUUGUAUAUAUUUAGACUAGACUUGGAGAGUCAGAAACCCAAGUUAGCAGUAGUUACUUAGGACUAGUUAUUCAUCUUAGAAUUAGUACACCCAAUUGACAAAAAAGGGAACUUAUUCAUUGUCACACUGGACCAUUUCAGUCUGUGCUGAGUCACACUGGCACUGGUUUGCAGACGUUUGACAUUUUGUGGGUUGAAUUUUAGAAUAUUACUGCACUGUCGGAGCUAGAAGCACAAGCAUUUCGCUACACCCGCUAUAACGUCUGCUAAACACGUUUAUGUGACAAAUACGAUUUUAUUUGAAUUCAACCUGUGAUUGGACAAAAUUUAAAAAAUGGCAUUAAUAAUGUUAAUUAAGUGGACUUUUAACAAUAUUAUAUAUUACUGUUUCAGGCUUCAUGGUUGUGAGAAUGUUAGAUUGGAUGGCAAUCUACAGAAAAAUGGAGUCAAUUGGUGAGCAUCUUCUACAUUGUCUUAGAGGGUAAUCAGUAGAAAAAGAGGUAGAAAAGUAAACUUGAUUGAUAUUGCAUGCUGUACAGUUGUAAAAAAAAAAAAAUUUGAGCGUAGAUGUUUUGUUGAUGAAAGUAUUCAUGUAAUAAUUCAAAAAUCUCUUGCCUGUGAAGGACUCUCCAAACUUCUCUUUGGUUAAAAGUGUCGGAAAUGAAAAUGAUCUGUGACUGUAUCAGGGCAUCUGGCUACAGUUUGAGUGAAAAAGUGUAAGUACAAUUUAUCAUCACUAAUACUACAUAUCACACAUCUUACGGUGGAUAUCUUUAAUUUAUUGUACAUGUUAUGGAGGUGGUUUGGUGAAGCACACUCAAGACAAGUAACCAUGCCUACUGUAGGCUUAAGCUCAGCGGGCUAACUGUCACGAUCGUCAGGGUAAGGAGUAGACCAAGGCGCAGCGUUGCAGGCAAACAUACUCAUUUAUUAGCGAAACGUGAUCAAAACAACAAAAGACGGUAACGUGACAGUAGACGGUCAAACACAACCAACUCGAAACAAGAACCCACAAAACACAAAGGAAAACCGACAGUUUAAAUAUGGCUCCCAAUCAGAGACAACCAGCAAACAGCUGACACUCGUUGCCUCUGAUUGGGAGUCACUCAGGCCAACAUAGAAAAACACAACCUAGAACACCCAACAUAGAAACAGAACACAUAGAAUAAACACACCCUGGCUCAACAAAUAGAGUCCCAGAGCCAGGGUGUGACAGUACCCCCCCUAAAGGCGAUAGUCCCAGACUGCGACCGCGCCUCAAUAAGAGCUAAACAGGGGAGGGCUGGGUGGGCAUACCUCCUCGGCGGCGGUUCUGGCUCCGGCCUUGCCCACCACCCUCCAAUCAACCCCCCAUAGCGCCCCUGGUCCGGUCUAGCCCCGCUGGCCGGAGCCGGACUGACGACACGCACCCCUGGUGCGUGGAGCAGGAACGGACCGGACCGGGCUGACUAUGCGCAGCCCUGGCUUGGUGUUGUGGAGCAGGAAUGGACCGGACCGGCCUGACGAUGCGCACCCCUGGCUUGGUGCGUGGAGUAGCAACUGGCCGGACCGGGCUGACGACUCGCACCCCUGGCUUUGUGCGUGGAGCCGGAACGGGCCUCACCGGACUGACGACUCGCACCCCUGGCUUGGUGCGUGGAGCCGGAACGGGCCUCACCGGACUGACGACUCGCACCCCUGGCUUGGUGCGUGGAGCCGGAACGGGCCUCACCGGACUGACGACUCGCACCCCUGGCUUGGUGCGUGGAACCGGAACGGGCCUCACCGGACUGACGACUCGCUCCCCUGGCUUGGUGCGAGUAGCAGGAACGGGCUGGACCAGGCUGACGACUCGCACCCCUGGCUUGGUGCGAGUAGCAGGAACGUUCUGGACCAGGCUGACGACUCGCACCCCUGGCUUGGUGCGAGUGGCAGGAACAGGCUGGACCAGGCUGACGACUCGCACCCCUGGCUUGGUGCGAGUGGCAGGAACAGGCCGGGCCGGGCUGGCGACUCGCACCCCUGGCCUGGUGCGAGUGGCAGGAACAGGCCGGGCCGGGCUGGCGACGCGCACCGUAGGUUUGGUGCGAGUGGCAGGAACAGGCCGGGCCGGGCUGGCGACGCGCACCGUAGGUUUGGUGCGAGUGGCAGGAACAGGCCGGGCCGGGCUGGCGACGCACACCGUAGGUUUGGUGCGAGUGGCAGGAACAGGCCGGGCCUGGCUGGCGACGCACACCGUAGGUUUGGUGCGUGGAGCAGGGACAGGCCGGGCUGGGCUGGCGACGCACCCCGUAGGCUUGGUGCGUGGAGCAGGGACAGGCCGGGCUGGGCUGGCGACGCACCCCGUAGGCUUGGUGCGUGGAGCAGGGACAGGCCGGGCUGGGCUGGCGACGCACCCCGUAGGCUUGGUGCGUGGAGCAGGGACAGGCCGGGCUGGGCUGGCGACGCACACCGUAGGCUUGGUGCGUGGAGCAGGGACAGGCCGGACUGGGCUGGCGACGCACCCCGUAGGCUUGGUGCGUGGAGCAGGAACAGGCCGGGCUGGACUGGCGACGCACACCGUAGGCUUGGUGCGUGGAGCAGGAACAGGCCGGGCUGGGCUGGCGACGCACCCCGUAGGCUUGGUGCGUGGAGCAGGGACAGGCCGGGCUGGGCUGGCGACGCACACCGUAGGCUUAGUGCGAGGGGCAGGAACAGGCCGGGCCGGGCUGGCGACGCACAUCGUAGGCUUGGUGCGAGAGGCAGGAACAGGCCGGGCUGGCGACGCGCACCGUACACUUAGUGCGGGAAGCAGGAACGAGCCGGGCCGGGCUGGCGACGUGCACCGUACACUUAGUGCGGGAAGCAGGAACGGGCCGGAUCGGACUGGUGACGCACACCACUUGCUUGGUGUGAGGAGCGGGACUGGGUUUCAUCAUAACCCUCCGCUCCCUCAGCUGCCUACCGAGUUCCUCUCGCCGUGCCUCAUUUCUCACCCUUUCCCUAAUCGCCUCUAAUAGCUCCAUCCUCUGCAACACUAACUCCUGCUCCCUCUUCGCCAGUAGCCCCCUUAACCUGGUGGCCUCCUCACCUAAUCGCCCUGUGGCAGCCUCCUGCUGCCCAGUCGCCCCUGCCGUGUGCCCCCCCCUAAAAGAUUUUUGGGGUUGCCUCUCGACCCUCCGACGCUGCUCCCACGUCCAGGCUGCCUGUUCCUGGACAUAACACAGUCUUGUGAUGCCCAGGAGACCUAGCUUCGAUCCUAGAUGGCUAUAUAAACACAGCUGUAGUUUAGCAAUACUCUUUACUUGUUGCACUCUAGUUCAUCAAUGACAUCACUAUAGGAUGUAAUAUUAGGUAAGACUUUAUUUGACACCUAGCAUCAUAACACGUUAUGACACGGUCAUAAUAUGGUCAUACCACUGUCGUGACACAUAUAUUUAGACCUGUUUUGACAUACAGUAUAUUGUGUUAUUUUAUGGCUGGUUAUGACACCUACAUAAGAGUGUCAAAACCUACCACACAAGGCAAACCAUUACAUUACACCAUAGUAUGUUUAUGUUAUAUAACAAUUUCUGAAAUUGACCAUAUUUAAUUAUAAUUGUAAUUGAGCACACAUUGAUGUCAGACAUGUAUGUACCCCAAUGCUCUGUUGCUGAUACAAGAGCAGACAAUACCCCCUCUUUGGCUGUGUCUAGACUUGACAGUUUUAAGUUUUUGUAUUCUGAUCAUGGAAUUCCAAACACGUCAUGCGUCUACACCUACAUUUAAAUAUGUCCACCACGUCCACAUAGUGUCCGGAUUCCCUUUACCCGUGCUGUAUUCAAAUGCCAGUAUGCAUUCUGCAAACGGUGGAAUAGGCUAAAUAUGAUCACACAACAACAACUUGAUGGCAGUAGCUAAUUACUGUAGCUAACUAGCCAGCUAACCUCUGCAGAUAGACAGCAAGCUAGCAAGCAAAGCUAAAGGGAUUGCAAAUGGAUUAGCAUAACUUGUUUUCAAAAUGUCUUUGAGGCCAGCAAACACCUUCAACCACAUGCUAGUUCAGAACAGCUACAUCCGGUAAGACGAGGGGUGGGGGUGUGUGUCGGUUUGUCAAUAACUGGUGCGCGAUGUAUAAUAUUAAGGUAGUCUUGAGGUAUUGCUCGCCUGAGGUAGAGUACCUCAUGAUAAUCUGUAGACCACACUAUCUACCAAGAGAGCUUUCAUCUAUAUUUUUCGUACACGUCUAUUUACCACCACAAACCGACACAGGCAUGAAGACCGCAUUCAACAAGCUGUAUAAGGCCAUACGCAAACAAGAAAAUGCUCAUCCAGAAGCGGCACUUCUAGUGGCCGGGGACUUUAAUGCAGGCAAACUUAAAUCCCUUUUACCUAAUUUCUACCAGCAUGCCACAUGUGCAACCAGAGGGAAAAAAAACUCUAGACCACCUUUCCUCCACACACAGAGACUCAUACAAAGCUCUCCCUCGCCCUCCAUUUUGCAAAUCUGAACGUAAUUAUAUCCUCCUGAUUCCGGCUUACAAGCAAAAACUAAAGCAGGAAGUACCAGUGACUCGCUCAAUACGGAAGUGGUCAGAUGACGCGGAUGCUACGCUACAGGACUGUUUUGCUAGCACAGAUUGAAAUAUGUUCCGGGAUUCAUCCAGUGGCAUUGAAGAGUAUACCACCUCGGCUUCAUCAAUAAGUGCAUCAACGACGUUGUCCCCACAGUUACCAUACGUACAUUUCCCAACCAGAAGCCAUGGAUUACAGGCAACAUCCGCACCGAGCUAAAGGCUAGAGCUGCCGCUUUCAAGGAGCGGGACACUAAUCCGGACGCUUAUAAGAAAUCCCGCUAUGCCCUCAGACGAACCAUCAAACAGGCAAAGUGUCAAUACAGGUGUUCCUAAUGUUUGGUAUAUUAUGGCAGUAGCAAACACUUUCACACAUUCUCAAAUACAUUACAAUCACGUUUCCUCAAUGUUUUCAUAACAUACUGUAGCUAAAGCUAGCUCUCAACUAUGCCUGUAGCUAGCUAGCUAAUAGUUAGCCAAACAAACACUAACUAUAUGUUAGCUAACGUUAGCUACGUAACCCUAUCACUAGCGCCUCGAUCAGACCAACAGUGUCAUUGCGUUUUGGUAUACCUGAAGUACAUUCAUUUCCAAUGGAACGCUGCGUUUGCCUUGCAACAUUGCAUUGCAGAGGCAGUUGCAGUGCGUUCUGUGUAUGUAUGUAUGUAUGUAUGUAUCAAAUUGUAUGUGUAGACGUGACCGAAAUAGUAGAAAAAGGUGAAUGUUGAACUGUUGUUGCACACAUAUCCAGUAAAAAUGUUGGAUUACAUGCUGAACAAAGUUUGACCGCAGAAUUUAUUACGCAGCAUUGAUGCAAACACACUGUCUGUCUGAUCGAGGCGCAAAGAUGGUGGUGUGCAAAACAACUAUGCAUUAUUGAGGUAACAGUACAUCUGAUUCACUAUAUACUGUAUACAGUGGUUAUUGUACAAACGAAUUAUAGAACAGGCCUGUGUAUUAAAUAAAUGAAAACCCAGCUCUGCAAGCAUUAUAACAUCUAAAUACGUUAGAUGAUCAGCGAAACUCCACAUCUGGUGAUCAACUAAUGUGUUUUGACAUUUAUAAAGCUUGCAGAUCUGGUGAAUGGGAGUUUGAAUCUGAGCUUUUGGGGCGUUAGAGAGGUCUCUAACGCACAGAUACUGGUUCAGCGCUGAACUAGCUAGCUAACGUUAACGGUUAGCAUGCGACCGUUAGAUACACAUUUCAUAAAAAGUAACCUAAAAUAGAUAUCAUUCGCGUGGUUCAUAUGUACUCAUGUCAAUACACUUAAUAUGAGCCACCAUUUGUAAAAUAAAUAAAUAACAAAAAACAUUUAAAAGCAAAAAUGAUUAUAACGAAAAUAAAUUUCCUCCGAGACGCCAUCUUGUCUCCUUGGCUUACAUGCAAAGUUAAUUAGCCUAGCUUGGUUACACUCAUAUGAAGGGGGAAAUAUAAAUAUAUCACAGUUUAGAUACAUUACCUCUAGAUUUAAAAAAGGAAACCAUGCUUAUAAUUGUUGCAAACCUGAAAACAGGAUGAAUAAGUAAAUUGACAGUUUUCCACAAGGCUUCUCUUCCUGCUUCUCUUCUUCCAAUGUAUGAGGCGUGUGCCUGCAGCUUACAGUUCGAAUGUAUCCCCCUAGUGGUAGCGCUAAGUACAGCUAUAUUAAAGGAAAACCAUGGAGAACUAUGAUUUAAUAAUGUUGCGAACAAACAAACUUAGAUUCUAUACAUUUCCAUAUUUUGGAAUCAAUCACAAAUAAUUUGUUUUUGUAAGGGUUAUAAUAUUAAGCCAGAUAGGCCCAUCACGUAUAUGACCAUAUGUCAGUCAUAAGUCCAAAAGAGGGUGUUUUGUCCUGCUCCUGCAUUCAUCCCAGUCAUCAUGUUUGACGUCAUUGGGUGUACAAUUACAAUGGUAAUAAAAUGGCACAUUUUAGGAAAUGUUAUACAACAUAAUAUUUACAAGUAGAAUGGAAUGGUUUGCCUUGUGUGGUAGGAUUUGUGGGCUUUGACACUCUUAUGUAGGUGUCAUAACCAGCCAUAAAAUAUUGCAAUAUAUGUCACAAGACAUCUAAAUAUAUGUGUCAUGACAGUGUUAUUAUAAUGUCAUGUCAGGUUAUGUCAGCUGUUGUGACAUAUUAUAAUAUGGUGUCAAGUAAAGUGUUGGCUAACAUUAUAUCACAAAUAAACGACAGUUUAAUGUUCCAGAUAAUAUAAGGCUAGUGUGAAGUAAAUAAAGCUGUUUCUCUUCUCCUGGUGACAGGUUGGCUGUGUACUGUGAGGCUGACCUAUCAGACACUGACGUGGAUGACCUGCGUGCAAUCAUCCACCCUGUAGACAAGUUAAGGUGAGGAUGUCUAGAUUAUACUUCUUCAAUUAGCAAAUCUCAAAUACCUAACACUGAACCUUUCACUGAUGAAUUGCAUUACAUAUAAUUAAAAAAUCCUUUAUGUGACUUGCUGCCAUAUAGCAAUCAUCCACCCUGUAGACAAGUUAAGCUAAUUUCAAAUACCUAACAUUUACAUUUUACUUACAGGAGCAAUUAAGGUUAAGUGCCUUGCUCAAGGGCACAUCGACAGAUUUUUCACCUAGUCGGCUCGGGGAUUAGAACCAGCGACCUUUCGGUCACUGGCACAACGCUCUUAACCACUAAGCUACCUGCCGCCCCAUUAAAUCUUGAACCUUUACAUUUAAAUUGUUAAUUGCAUUACAUGUCAUUUACAAACCCUUGAUAUUUGUCAUGCUGUACUAUGCUCAACGUACUGUGAAUAAUCAUGCGUUGGUACACAUUCAUGUGUACAUGAUUUAAGAAAAUGUAUCUUGGAUUUCAGGCUCAACUUUCGACACAAAGAAUUAUAUGGACGGUUUGCAGUGAGUGAAGGUUUACGGUCCCAGAUAGCACUCAGAGGCUUUGACUUUGCCCUCUGCGGCGAUCCUGUGUUCGACUGGAGAAAAUUAUUUCAGCUAGUUCACACUCUGGAGCAACAGUAAGACAUUCUGUCCUCAAUAAAACCUCCCCCGUACACACAACGCUCACACACACGGUCGGGUUUCAAUCCAAGGUGUGUUGUAGGGGCACCUAACUAGACAGAUGACAAUGCACCUUUUUACAUUAAGGUCAUUUGCGCUUGAGUGUUUAUCAUGAAUGAGAUCUCUGUGAAUGGCUGUAAAGAAAUACCUAUAGAAGGCGCAUCAUCGGCUGUUGGGCUGCUCUAUAACGCACCUUGGAUUGAAUCCUGGCCAUAGUGUACUGUGCAUUCGGAAAGUAUUCAGACCCAUUGACUUUUUCCACAUUUUGUUACGUUACAGCCUUAUUCAAAAAUUGAUUUAAAAAAAAUAUCUACACACAAUACCCCAUAAUGACAAAGUAAAAACAGGUUUUUAGAAAUGUGUUAAUUUAUUAAAAAUAGAAAACUGAAAUAUCACAUUGAUAUAAGUAUUCAGACCCUUUACUCAGUACAUUGUUGGAGCACCUUUGGCAGCAAUUACAGCCUUGAGUCUUCUUGGGUAUGAUGCUACAAGCUUGGCACACCUGUAUUUCGGGAAACCACUCCUGGGUUGUCUUGACUGUGUGCUUAGGGUCAUUGUCCUGUUGGAAGGUGAACCUUCACCCCAGUCUGAGGUCCUGAGCGCUAUGGAGCAGGUUUUCAUUAAGGAUCUCUCUGUACUUUGCUCCGUUCAGCUUUCCCCUCGAUCCUGACUAGUCUACCAGUCCCUGCCGCUGAAAAACAUCCCCACAUCAUGAAGCUGACGCCACCAUGCUUCACCGUCGGGAUAGUGCCAGGUUUCCUCCAGACGUGACGCUUUGCAUUCAGGCCAAAGAGUUCAAUCUUGGUUUCAUCAGACCAGAUAAUCUUGUUUCUCAUGGUCUGAGUCCUUUAGAUGCCUUAAGGUAAACUCCAAGCGGGUUGUCAUGUGCCUUUUACUGAGGAGUGGCAUCCGUCUGGCCACUCUACCAUAAAGGCCUGAUUGGUGGAGUGCUGCAGAGAUGGUUGUCCUUCUGGAAGGUUCUCCCAUCUCCACAGAGGAACUCUGGAACUCUUUCAGAGUGACCAUCAGGUUCUUGGUCACUUCCCUGACCAAGGCACUUCUCCCCUAAGUGCUCAGUUUGGCCGGGUGGCCAGCUCUAGGAAGAGUCUUGGUGGUUCCAAUCUUCUUCCAUUUAAGAAUGAUGGAGGCUACUGUGUUCUUGGGGACCUUCCCCAGAUCUGUGCCUCGACACAAUCCUGUCUUGGAGCUCUACGGACAAUUCCUUCGACCUCAUGGCUUGGUUUUUGCUCUGACGUGCACUGUCAACUGUGGGACCUUAUAUAGACAGGUGUGUGCCUUUCCAAAUCAUGUCCAAUCAGUUGAAUUUACCACUGGUGGACUCCAAUCAAGCUGUAGAAACAUGUCAAGGAUGAUCAAUGGAAACAGGAUGCACCUGAGCUCAAUUUAGAGUCUCAUAGCAAAGGGUCUGAAUACUUAUGUAAAUAAGGUAUUUCUGUUUUAUCUUUUGUAUAAAGUUUGCAAAAAACUGUUUUCGCUUUGUCAUUAUUGGGUAUUGUGUGAUGAUUAAUGAGGAAACAUUUUUAUUAAAUCAGUUUUAGAAUAAGGCUGUAAUGUAACAAAAUGUGGAAAAAGUCAAGGGGUUUGAAUACUUACCGAAUGCACUGUAUAUGCAUGCAUACUCUUGCACACAAACAUACAUAUAUGAGAAUAUUUGCUUUAUUAUGACGUGUUUGUGUCACUACCAGUUCGGAGUGGGAUGAGCAUUCUGAAGCACUGAUCUCGCUGCUACACUCUCAAACCUCUCUGGAGGACAUAAGUCUGUAUGUGAGCAGCUUGACAGAGAGGUGUGCUGCCAGUGUAGUCAGUCUCAGCCAGGCCUGCCCAAACCUGACGAAGAUAUCGUGAGUACAACAUACUCUCUGUGUGUCUGUGUUCGUAUUUGUUUCAGUGUAACUAAUGUCUUCUAUUCUGUUUCGUUCUUAGCCUUCAUGUAGUUGCAGACGGUUUGUUAUUGGAGGAAGUAAUACAAUUCUUACGCGUAUCAAAGAGGCGCCCAGAUUGCAGUUUACUUGUCGCCGGGUAUGCAUGUACUGUACUGUAUUGUCAGUUAGCUUACAUAAACCAAAUCAUCAGCUGAUCUCUUCUGAUGCAGUGCUAAUCAUCAUUGGUGUAAUCCAUCUCUCACCUCCGCAGGUGGAGAUGCAGGAAGCCUGCUGACAAGUGCACUGACCGGAAGGACUGGAGUCUCUGUUGUGACGACUCUGUUAGGCUCACUCUACAUGGAGAAACAUUCACAGAGAAUGUGAUAAGACAUGGGAAGAAAAGCGAUAGGCCUAGUGAUGAUACUAAGAGUAAUAGAUGGUGUGUUGUUGCAUAGUGACCAUGAUGAAGACAACAGAGAUGGUGAGAAACACAGCAGACUGAGGACAAAGACGAGUGAAGAUGCAUACCUUUGAUCCUGAUACCACUUAGAUCUGAACUGAUACCAACUAUACGUACUGGAAAUGUUUUUUCAAAAUGGAAGAUAAUUUAGCCAAAUUGACCUGUAGAUUUCCGCUUAAAUAGACCCAAAAGUAAUUAUUUAUCAUAAGGGCCAUACAUAAUACCUAGUAACGCUUGAAAUCUCACCUUUCUGGUAAAGUGAAAUCACUUUUGAGGACACAAGCUCAACAUAUGAGAAUGAUGACAGUCCGCAUGGUAGGAUUCACAAUAUCCCCAUUGAAUACAAAUCACUAAGCUAAGGAUCCUGGGACUAAACACCUCCCUCUGCAACUGGAUCCUGGACUUCCUGACGGGCCGCCCCCAGGUGGUAAGGGUAGGUAACAACACAUCUGCCACACUGAUCCUCAACACGGGGGCCCCUCAGGGGUGCGUGCUCAGUCCCCUCCUGUACUCUCUGUUCACCCAUGACUGCAUGGCCAGGCACGACUCCAUCACCAUCAUUAAGUUUGCCGACGACACAACAGUGGUAGGCCUGAUCACCGACACGAUGAGACAGCCUAUAGGGAGGAGGUCAGAGAUCUGGCCGUGUGGUGCCAGGACAACAACCUCUCCCUCAACGUGACCAAGACAAAGGAGAUGAUUGUGGACUACAGGAAAAAAAAGAGGACUGAGCACGCCCCCAUUCUCAUCGACGGGGCUGUAGUGGAACAGGUUGAGAGCUUCAAGUUCCUUGGUGUCCACAUCACCAACGAACUAUCAUGGUCCAAACACACCAAGACAGUCGUGAAGAGGGCACGACAAAGCCUAUUCCCCCUCAGGAGACUAAAAAGAUUUGGCAUGGGUCCUCAGAUCCUCAAAAAAUUAUACAGCUGCACCAUCGAGAGCAUCCUGACUGGUUGCAUCACCGCCUGGUAUGGCAACUGCUUGGCCUCUGACCGCAAGGCACUACAGAGGGUAGUGCGUACGGCCCAGUACAUCACUGGGGCAAAGCUCCCUGCCAUCCAGGACCUCUAUACCAGGCGGUGUCAGAGGAAGGCCCUCAAAAUUGUCAAAGACUCCAGCCACCCUAGUCAUAGACUGUUCUCUCUGCUACCGCACGGCAAGCGGUACCGGAGUGCCAAGUCUAGGUCCAAAAGACUUCUCAACAGCUUCUACCCCCAAGCCAUAAGACUCCUGAACAGCUAAUCAUGGCUACCCGGACUAUUUGCACUGCCCCCCCACCCCAUCCUUUUUACGCUGCUGCUACUCUGUUAAGUAUUUAUGCAUAGUCACUUUAACUCUACCCACAUGUACAUAUUACCUCAACUACCUCAACUAGCCGGUGCCCCCGCACAUUGACUCUGCAACGGUACCCCCCUGUAUAUAUAGCCUCCCUACUGUCACUUUAUUUUACUGUAUAUAUAGCCUCCCUACUGUCACUUUAUUUUACUUCUGCUCUUUUUUUCUCAACACUUUUUUGUUGUUGUUGUUUUAUUCUUACUUUUUUUGUUUAAAAUAAAUGCACUGUUGGUUAAGGGCUGUAAGUAAGCAUUUCACUGCAAUGUCUGCACCUGUUGUAUUCGGCGCAUGUGACCAAUAAAAUUUGAUUUGAUUUGAUUUGAUUUGAUUUGAUUUGAAAUGGGAAUUAAAGAGGAAAAAGGGAUUCGUCUGAACGAGAGUGAAAAAUGCUGAAGGUUAUUCCAGUCGCUAUUCCUCACUGGGCUGGAGGAGAGGAG